UAAAAAGCUAAAGAUACCUUGCAUUCCAGUCUCAUUUUGCUCUGCCCUUUGCAAUCAUCUUCCUUCGUUUCCUUUGAUCAUUUCCAAACAAGAUAACAACAUGGCUGAAACUGCAAUUGCAGCUGCUGGCAUGUUUAUCUCUCCCAUCGUCCAAGUGUUUUUUCAAAGAAUGGCGUCUGGCGACUUCGUUGACUUAUUUCGGGGACGAAAACUCGAUGAUGGGCUCUUAACGAGGUUCAAGAUAAAAUUGCUGUCCGUGAAUGCAGUGCUUAAGGAUGCGGAGGACAAGCAAUUUACAAGGCCUGAUGUGAAAGUGUGGGUUGAUGCUGUCUAUGAUUCUAUCUAUGAUGCUGAGCAAGUCUUGGACGAGAUUUCUACAAAAGCCCAGCAACGCAAGUUGGAUGCUGAAUUUGGAAACUUUGGAAGUAAGGUACGUAACUCCAUCUCUACUUGUCGUUUUCUCAAGAAGGUAGAAAAACAGAUAAAAAAGCUACUUGGCACGCUAGAUUUUCUAGUAGAUCAAAAGGAGGAUUUAGGUUUGAGAGAAGGUACUGUUGGAGGGAAUCCAUCAGAAAGACUGCCCACCACUUCUUUGGUCGAUGAAUCUCGUAUUUUUGGUAGAGAUGGUGAUAAAAAGGCAAUAAUUAACUCGCUGCUCUCAGAUGGUGCAAGUGGCGAUGAGAUGGGUCCGGGUGUGAUUGCCAUAGUCGGCAUGGGGGGAAUUGGUAAAACCACCCUUGCUCAGCUUGUUUACAAUGAUGAAAUGCUGAAGGACCAUUUUGAUCAUAAAGCAUGGGUUUGUGUUUCAGAUCCAUUUAACGUGUUCAUGGUCAUGAGAACAAUUAUAGAGGCAGUAACUCAAUCACCUUGUGAUAUUAUGGAUAAUUUAGAUCAACUUCAAAAUGGUCUCAAGGAGAGAUUGACAGGAAAGAAAUUCCUAGUUGUUUUAGACGAUGUUUGGGAGAAGAACGUGGACAAAUGGGAGGUCUUACGUAAUGCUCUUAAAUCUGGGGCACAAGGAAGUAUGGUUAUUGUAACAACACGCGAUCAUGAUGUGGCAAAAAUCAUGCAUGGUAAAUAUCAUCCUAUAACGGAUUUAUCAAAAAAUGAUUGUUUGUCACUAUUUGCAAAAUAUGCAUUAAUCCCCAAUGGUAACUUCAAUGCAUAUCCACAACUUAAAGAAAUAGGAAGCCAAAUCAUAGAAAAGUGCAAAGGCUUACCUUUAGCAAUCACGGCAAUUGGGGGUCUUUUGCAGUCUAAUUUAUGUGUUGAUGAAUGGGAUAAGGUAUUGAGAAGUGAAUUAUGGGAUUCACCAAUUAUAGAUACAAACAUCCUUCCUGCUCUAAUUUUAAGUUAUAAAUAUCUUUCGCCACCUUUAAGGCGAUGCUUUGCAUACUGCUCCAUAUUUCCAAAGGAUCAUAUUUUCGAAAAAGAUCAAUUAAUCUUAUUAUGGAUGUCAGAAGGUUUUUUGCCGCAACGCCAAAACAUAACAAUGGAAGAAGUUGGUGAUAAUUACUUCCUUACUCUUGUAUCGAGAUCAUUAUUCCAGCGGCCCAAGAGCAAUGAGCAUGAUAGAUAUGUAAUGCAUGAUCUUGUCAGCGAUUUGGCAAAGUUUAUAUCUAAAGAGUUUACUUUAUGCCACAAAGAUGACUAUUCUCGUGAAAUUCUAAGCAAGACUUGCCAUUUCUCGUUUUGUUCCAAAGAUUUUGAUAUUAAAAAGUUAGAGACCUUUCACGAAUCUAUCAGGUUGCGCACUAUCAUAGAUUUAAAUAUGGUCGGUAGUAGUCAUUUUAUACUUGGAAUCAAAUUUUUAUCACCGAUGAUAAGAUGCUUACGGGUCCUUAUUCUUUUUUGGGAUAUAAGUGAGUUGUCUUGGGAUAUAAGUGAGUUGCCAGACUCAAUUGGUAAAUUUAAACAUUUACGUUAUUUGAGAAUUCGUAGCAAUUGGAUUGAAAGGUUGCCUGAUUCCAUAUGUAAAUUGUGCAAUUUGCAAAUAUUGGAUGUAUCAUUUUGUCGUUAUCUUGUUGCCUUGCCAAGAGAUUUGCAUAAAUUCAUUAAUUUGCGUCAUCUUCGAAUUGUUGGAACUAAGAUAAAGGAGAUGCCAAUAAAUCUGGGUGAACUAAAAUGUCUUCAGGCAUUACAUCCAUUUAUCGCUAGCAAUACUGGAUGUGGCAUUGAAGAGCUAGGGAAACUUACAAAUCUUCGGGGAUUACUUUCUGUUUUGGAGCUCCAAAAUAUUGAAUCUCCAUCGAAUGCUGAGGGCAGAAACUUGAGGGAUUUGAAGUACCUUAAGAAGUUGGAAUUGGGGUGGAAAGGUGAUACUAAUGCUUCGGAAAGUCAUAAAAUCGUACUUAAUAAUCUCCAGCCCCAUACAAACUUGGGAAGCCUCACUAUCAAAGGCUACGGGGGUAUAAGUUUUUCAUACUGGGUUGGGGAUGCUUCAUUCUCUAAUAUAGCAUCUCUUCGUCUAGAAAAAUGUAAAUUUUGUUGUAGCUUGCCACCACUUGGGCAACUUCCCUCUCUGCAGGACCUCUCGAUUGUUAGGUUGGAUGGGGUUGUUACGAUAGAUCGUCAGUUUUAUGGCAGUGGAUCCCAUUCGAUGAAGCCAUUUGGAGCCUUGAAAUCUCUAUUUUUUUCUAAAAUGUUUAGGUGGAAGGAAUGGUCUCCUUUUGAGGCUGAAAACGAAGGUCGAGCUUUUCCUAAUCUUAGAGAUCUUAGGAUUUCUAAUUGCCCGAAUCUUACAAGUGGGUUGCCCGCCCAUCUUCCUUCUUUAGACAAACUUGUCAUUGAUAAUUGUCCCCAGCUGAUGGCUUCAAUCCCUAGUGCUUCUUCUCUACGUAAACUGGAUUUUUCAAUUUGCAAUACGGUUCUAUUAAACGAAUCGCUGACUAGAAUAAAAAAGCUUAGCAUCAGAAGCUGUCAAAAGCUAGAGCUCCCUAUGCACUUGAACUAUUCAUCCCUUGAAAUUUUGAAGUUGGCCGGUUGUGGUUUUCUCAAGUCCUUUCCAUUGUUCCCAAAGCUUCGUCUUCUAAAAAUCUCGGAUUGUGAGGAUCUAGAAUCUCUUACAGUUGGAGAACAACAUGAACAAGAUUUACUCCUCUCGCAGAUAAAAAUCAAUCGGUGCCCUAAUUUUGCAUAUUUUCCACAAGGAGGAUUGCGGGCCCCUAACCUUAAAGAUUUUACGAUCUGGGAUUGUAGGAGUCUUCGGUCACUACCUGAAAAGAUGCACAUCCUUCUUCCCUCUCUUGAGAAAUUGUCUUUAAGUGCUUGUCCACAAGUUGAGUCGUUUCCUGAAGGGGGCUUGCCUUCCAAUUUGAAUGAAAUUUCCAUCUUCGAUUGUGACAAACUCUUUGCGAGCCGGUUGGGGUGGGGUCUGCAAACUCUCCUGUGUGUUAGAAGAUUCUUAAUCAGUAACAAAUCUGAAGAUGCAGAGUCCUUUCUAGAUGAGGGGUUGCUGCCUACCAAUCUUACCUAUCUUUCCAUCAGGAAUUUUCCAAAUUUGAAAUAUUUGGACACGAAGGGGCUUAAACACCUCACUGCUCUUGAAGAAUUGGAGAUCACGAACUGCUCUAAGUUAGAGCGCAUGUCAAAAGAUGGGCUAUCUGCCUCCCUUUCUACUCUAAGGAUCAACGGUUGUCCUUGUUUGGAUAAUGAGUUGGAAAGGAAAGAAGGAGAAGAAUGGGUCAAGAUUGCUCACGUCCCCAACAAAUAUAUUAAAUUCAGGCGGAUUGAAUGAGCUAAGAGUCCAGCAAGAGUCUCCACUUUAUUUUAGAGUCAGGUCAUCUGGAAUGAAAUACAAACUCUACUCGUUGCAGAUGGUCAAUUGCUCAACUGAGAGCUCUGAAAUGCUGUAUAUACGUUUUGUUGGGGUGUCCUUUUGCUUUGGUGGCAAACUCCUCUAGUGAAGGUGUUCCAGCUGGUUGCUCAGAGGUAUAUUCAUUGAUCAGUGUCUCUUCAUGCUUUUAUGAUCAAUUUGUAUGAUCAUUUUUCCCUCUUGGUCAGAAGAAGAAAUAUGUUUAUGCGCACACCUUAGUUGCCGAUGAUAGUUUGGCAAAAUUGACUGAUACACCUUUCUUAAGCUCUGUUGAUAACUUUACUACCCAUGGUUCAGAACAAUUACAACAAGAAGCAGAUGGAUAUGAGCAGAGUGCUGACCCAGUAUUGAUGAUUGUGUCCAAUGUGCCUUAAUUGAUGGCUGAUGCUUUAGUUAUCACUCAUGUUGGUGGUGUAUCUUGUGGGAGAGCACGAGAGUUGAUACUUUAAGAUGUGCCGCUCACCUUACCUAAAGGUUGUUUUUGCAAUGAUGAACAGUGAUCUCUUAGCAUUGUAAACACCAUGCCCCUUGAAAUAUUGAAAAGAAAUCUUGCUCUUCUCUUAGUUUUGCACAGAGAGAGGAAUGGAAUUUGCUGUGUGACAUACUUGCUUCGUCAUGUAGACUUUUACCCACUUCCACCCCACUCAGUCUACUCACUGGUAUACUCGGAACUUGGUUACAGAAGAAAAACAAGAUGGAAGCAAUUCAGUCUUGGACCUCAGCAUUGGCCAGAAUUGGGGCAUCACUAGCUUAUUCACGUACAAGAUCUCCCCUGAAGCCAAGCCUUAGGCUUAUUCAUGCAAGGUAACUUCCAUCUCUUCAAGGCCUGAACUUCUUGAGCUAUUCAUCUAAAAUGCGUGAAAUACUAAAAUGCAUCCACUUCUUGUGGCUAUGAUGCACGCGCAAGCCUUGACAUUGGCGGUGCUCUCUGGCGCAGCCGCCUAUCACUGCUACGGAAGCAUACGGCGGAGCAAGGAGAGAGUCCUUCAAAGUGAUCAGAGAGAGAUCUUAGACAUCCCACCAACAACCUUUCAUCACUAGAUCGUUUUCAAUGAAGAUAAUUCGAGGAAAUUUGGUGCAUUGUGACAGUGAAACGAAUGAUCAAGACCAGGCGGCAAUGAAAUUGAAGUAAAGAAGGGGCAGAUUGCUUCUAGUCUAGUCUCUUAAUUCCUGGAAUAAAGAGCUUUUACUUGAAUGGUUAAGUUCUUGUGACAAUUGUUAAGAUGAAAAUCACCAUAGUCUGCAUGAUCUGCAUGGUCUGUAUGAUCAGCAUGACAAUCAACAAAAGGACCCUCAAAUCAGACAUGAAAAUCAGCUAGACAAUCCACUGAAACCUCCACAAUUCAAGCUGACAUGCUCUCUCACAGCAGCUGACAACAGCAGCCUAGUCUCCUGGAUUCCUGCUACAAGCUGAAGCUCCAUGUUUCCCGGAUCACUUUCUGCUCAUUAACACAGCAGACACUCUAGUCCUAGCAUUUCCCUUUUCUGCAUUCUUUGAUUUUUCUGUUUCUGUAAACCUUGUACAAUCACUCCUUACUCCUGUAAAUGACUAUAAAUACAAGACACUACACUGGUUUUGGUAAUGCAACCAAACCAGUUCUUCCA